GGGAAAGCCUCAGACCCAGCACAGACCCAGCUCAGACCCAGCUCAGACCCUCCAGGACCAGUACGGGGAUAGCCUCAGAGUCGGACGCCCAGGCUUCGCUUACAUUAAGCCCUGUCACCAGCAGGAUGACUCCAGGACCAGUGUUGUGGGCUCUGGCCCUUCUAGCGACCGUGGCAAGCCAGGAGUAUGAGAACCGUAUGGAGAGCCAUAUUGACCGCUCUAUCCCCUGGAUCCACACCUUCCGCCAGGGGUUCAACUUCCAGUGUCCCCACGGAGAGGUGCUGGUGGCCCUGCAGAGCGUCUUCAGUGAGAAGGAAGGGUCCGACCGCCUCUGGGCCUUCGAGUGCCAGCAGACUCCCACCACCCUGGGGCAUCCCACAGAGUGCUGGUGGGACGACACCAACCGUGCCGGGAUGGAGUGGU